UAAUAAAAUAGUCGAAAUACUACAGUCGCGAGCGUAGGAAUAACGUCGCAACGCGCUUGCUCAAAAUACAACAACAACAACAACAACAAGGUGGAGAAACUAUAAACGCAAACAAACGAGAUUGGACGGACGGACGGACCGCGCCUAACAGUGCUGUACCGCAGCUCCUCGACCUAGCUGUAUAGAGGGUCGGCCGUUGGAGGCAGUACGAAUCACAAAUUGUCUGUGUACGGCAUAUAAAAUAAGCAUGUGGGAAAAUACGCUUGCGUUUACGCAGCAAAGCGCGUAGCGUGACGUUCCGUACAGUGGUGGCGAAAGUGAAUGCCAAAGUGUAUAUUUUACGACAAAUAGUGAGGAGAAGAAAGAAAGCAAAAGAAUUUCGCGUUACUUCCGCGUGUAAAUCAUAGAAAAUAUUUAGCGAAAAAAAAGAAAAUAAUAAUUAAAUGGAAAUGGAAAAGUGAAUUGCAUAUCCAAAUUGCGUGCAAUCAAAACAGCUGCUAGAUUUUUUGGUAAAGAAAAGUGUAAUUAAAAAAUUAGUGCGAGAAGGAGAAAAUUUUUUUGGACGCCUGAGAUUUUGUGGAAAAAGUGGCGAAUCCACGAAAGCAGAAAUACACAAAAAGGUGGCGUACUCACGUAUGGCUACUAAGCAGCAGGAAAAAGCAAAGCCAAUAAAAUAAAUGCAAAUACAAUUAGUAAACGUAAUCCGCGCAAGAGACAAACAGAAAAAGAACCGAGACCGUUAAGUAAAUACUUAGCUUUUGUGAAGUGCGGUUGCACGCAGCAACUUGCCGCGUGGUAAAACAAAUUUGACCAUUUGCGUCGCGUAUUAGAGUGGGUGUAGAAAAAGACCCACAUACAUACAUAUUUGUACAAUCAUCACACAACAGUCUACACAUCUAGCGCCAACAGCAACAAAAAAAAAAAGCAUCAAAGAUGACCUCUUCGCUGUGUCACUUCCUUUGGCGAUUGAGUGUCGUAGCGCUAGGCGCACUCUUCUUCGUCGGCGGCGUUUAUAUGUUCGCAAAUUGGAUUGAUAUAUUUACGCGCAUGCGUGGUGAGAAAAUGGCGCUCAGUCCCGAAUCGCCUUCUUAUGCGGGCUGGAAAGUUUCACCGCUGCCACUCUACUUCGAUGUAUACCUCUUCAAUUGGACAAAUCCGGAAGAUUUCUAUGUGGGCUCUGGCAGGAAGCCACGAUUCGAGGAACUGGGACCAUAUCGUUUUCGAGAAAAACCAGAUAAAGUGGAUAUUCAGUGGCAUAAAAGCAAUAGUUCUUUGUCAUUUCGCAAAUAUGCGGCAUUUUAUUUUGAUGAAGCCCACAGUAAUGGCAAACUAUCGGAUCGGGUAACAUCGGUCAAUACAGUGGCGCAUGGUGCUGCCUUGAAAGCCGUUAAUGGCUCAUAUAUCCAAAAGCGUAUAUUAACAAAUGUUUUAAAAAUGUACAAGGAAGGUUUAACGGUUACCAAAACCGCUGACGAGUGGAUGUUUACGGGCUAUCGUGAUCCGCUAGUAACAAUGGGCAGUUUUGCAUCGAAAUUCGUCAAAGAUAUUGUGGUGCCAUUCGAUCGUAUCGGCUGGCUGUACAUGCGCAACGAUAGCUCCGUUUAUGAUGGCCACUUUAAUAUCUAUACCGGCGCUGAUGAUCUACGCAAAAUGGGUCAAAUUUACGAAUGGAAUCAUAAAACACACAAUGGCGUCUAUGAGGGUGAAUGUGGGCGCAUUAGAGGUUCGAUGGGUGAAUUUUUCCCACCAAAUCUUACUCCAAAAGACACAGUCGAAAUGUAUUUGCAAAACUUGUGCCGCACAAUGCCAUUGGACUAUGUCGAAACAGUGAAAAUUCAUGGAAUCACAGCUUAUAAAUAUGCUGCCACCGAAAGGGCGCUUGACAAUGGUACACUUUAUCCGGAAAUGAAAUGUUUUUGCGUGAACGGUGUGUGUGAGAAAUCGGGCGUUAUAAAUUUAGGGCCCUGCCAAUAUAAUUCACCGACUUACACAUCCUAUCCACACUUUUACAAGGCUGAUCCUAGUUAUCUGGAAGCGGUUGAAGGUCUCUCGCCCGAUCCAGCAAAGCAUGAGUUCUUCAUGACACUCGAGCCAAAUGGUGGCGUGCCCGUGGAUGUUGGCGGUGGCUUUCAGGCAAACUAUCUAAUGUCACCCGUGCCAGGCAUGCCUCCCUUCGAUAACAUUCCACGCACGUUUAUACCGCUUAUGUGGGCUGAGGAACGCGUGCGCGUCACACCAGAAAUUGCCAGCCAAAUCGCUUUGGUGCCACUCAUCGUUACACUGGGUCAGGUGGCGACUGGCAUUAUGUUUGCCAUUGGGGUUUUGCUCAUCUGUUGGUAUCCAACAAAAUAUAUAUCACAUGUUUGUCGUGAUCCGAAGAGUAAAAACGCUCUACUCAAUCCGAUUGUGAACACAACAGUGCGUUCGAUUGCGUUAACGCCUUUGCAUAAGCCACAAAAGGAGGUCGUUAGGUUGCUGGACAACAGUCAAUUAAGCUCCGAAGCUGUACGAAUCGAAGGUAUGUUGGAGGCAAGCGAAAGUUUACUACGGCCGUCACCACCACCACCACCACCCUCAUCGCUUCAUGUGAUAAGUAGAUAGUAUGCUCAUCAGGGCAAUGAAUAAAGUGCUCAGCGCGAGAGAGCGCCUGCCAUUGUUUAGUGUUAAUAUGCAAUUAAAUUGAAAAACAAAAAACGAACAGAAUUAAAUUUAACUGUGCUAAACUGUAAAUAAUGAAAAACACAAGCAGCCUCAUAGACAGUAGAAUCCAAAAAAAAAAAUCACCAACGUGCAUACUUAAUUCUCUUAGGUAGUAUGGUAUCUAAUAUUGCUAAAAAUAAGUCCAUGUAAAAUAGUAAUUGUACUAGAUGCUUGUAAUGGUUAAUUUAUAAAAUAAUAAUUUUUAUAUUCAAAACCGGUUCAUGAACAUUUGCGUACGCACUGUAGCUCUGAGAUAGAAACGAAAUGAUGCAACAAAUUUACAAAGAAAUCCAGUGUCAAAUGACAAUCUAGUGUAUAAAAAAUGAAAUGUAUAUGCAAAUAUGCAUACAUAUGUACAUUAGGGUGCACCACAAAAAAAAAAUUGCGGUUUUU